UCACAGAGCUAGUUGAUUCGUCCACUGGCCUGUUGGAACCCGGAAUAAUUUUCCUAGCGGAUAUUCAUCUGUCGUUUAACAUUUGAAGCUCCACAGUACUCCGGUUGGCUUUCUCUGCCUUCACUUUGCUCAGUUACCUUAUUAAGCUAUACAUAGGAAACAAAAACACUGGGUGUGACAAAAAUGGCAACCAACAGCAGCCACUCGGCAGCACUCAGAGCAACACUAACAUGGACCCCAAAAUCGCUAUCGGUGCUCCGCCGAAUCCUGACCGACCAACCGGAUAUUCUGACACGAAAAGACGCACAAGGCAACACCAUACUCCAUUACCUGGCGGCAGGUGGAAACGCCACCGCCUUCAGAGAACUGUUCGAGGGCGGCUUACUGACGAGGAACAACGGGGGCGGUGGGGGAGAGCUGAGGACGUGGAACUGGAGAGGGGACACGGUGCUCCACGAGGCAGCCAGGUUUGGCAGGGUCAAUGUUGUGGAGAUUAUUAUGGAGAGGGAGAGAAAGUUGGUUUCGGAGCGCAAUGCAAUGGGAGGGACGCCGCUUUAGUCGGCGGCUGCAAAUGGAGAGCAGGAGGUGUUCAACCUUCUCAAAGUGGCGGCUGCUCGUGAGGAGGUGCCGAGGAGAGAUGACGGCUGCACUAUUCUUCAUGCUGCUAUCAUGGGAGAACAUUACAGUCUGGCUAUGGAGAUUGUUGAAUCAUUUCCUAAUCUUGCCGGAGCACAUGAUAAAAAUGGAAACACUGUACUGAAUAUGUUGGCCAGCAAACCCGUUUCCUUUAAAAGUGGGUCAUCCUAUUGGCUUAGGAAUCUUGGCAGUAGGCCCUUCAUUCCCCUACAGUUCCUUUUGUGUCUCGUCUACCUUUUGGUGCCUUGGCUUAAUGGAGUUCAUGAAGUAAAGAAAAAGCAUGCAUGUGCCCUGGACCUAGCCAAAAGGUUGAUUGCAAAAGAAGAAGAUUGGAGCCACUACACCAACUCAUGUGGAAGGUAUAAUCAUGACGACGAUGAUGAUCAGCACAUUAUUACUACUAAAACGAGAAGAAACCCGCUUCUUCAAGCGGCAGAGAACGGCAUUCAAGAGUUGGUGGAAGAGAUCCUCGGGAAAUUCCCCGAGGCUGCCUACUGCGUCGAUAGCAACGGGAAGAACAUAUUUCACAUAGCAGUGGAGAAGAAAGACGAGAGAAUGUACUAGUUCUUGAAGAAGAACGUUGCUAGAAAGGAAGGGAUGAUGGCAGCUCUUGAUCAUGGUAGAAACUCCAUUUUGCACUUUGCAGCCAAACCCGGUGCCAAUCCUAGAGUUCUCCUUGGAAGCUUGAACCGGAUGGC